GCAACACUAAGCGUGACUUGAGAAAAUAUUGCUGUCUGUGCUGAGUUGUGUUGUGCGAAUUAUAAUCGUAAAUCUGACAAAAAUAUACCUUGUAUUUCCAAAUUGAUGUGAAAAAUUAAUUAUUCAAAAUGACACUUACUUCCAAAAUGGAGGUAGACCCUGUAAAGGGCGAGGGCUUCAGGCCUUACUACAUCACAAAGAUUGAAGAACUUCAGCUUGUCGUGGCCGAAAAGUCUCAGAACCUCCGUCGCUUGCAGGCCCAGCGGAAUGAACUCAAUGCCAAGGUACGCAUGCUACGCGAAGAACUGCAGCUUCUACAAGAGCAAGGGUCUUAUGUCGGCGAGGUGGUCAAACCGAUGGACAAGAAAAAAGUCCUAGUUAAAGUCCACCCUGAAGGUAAAUUUGUUGUAGACUUGGACAAAAACGUAGAUAUUAACGAUGUCACCGCCAACUGCCGUGUCGCGCUGCGCAAUGAAAGCUACACUCUUCAUAAAAUCCUACCAAACAAAGUUGAUCCUUUAGUUUCACUUAUGAUGGUGGAGAAGGUGCCAGAUUCUACUUACGAAAUGGUAGGAGGUUUGGAUAAACAAAUAAAAGAGAUCAAAGAAGUAAUAGAACUGCCUGUGAAGCACCCUGAGUUGUUUGAUGCCCUAGGUAUUGCUCAGCCUAAGGGAGUGUUGUUGUAUGGUCCUCCAGGUACUGGAAAGACCCUAUUGGCUCGAGCUGUAGCUCACCACACCGAAUGUACCUUUAUUCGUGUGUCUGGUUCAGAAUUGGUCCAGAAAUUCAUUGGAGAAGGAAGCCGUAUGGUCCGAGAACUUUUCGUUAUGGCCCGUGAACAUGCUCCAUCUAUUAUUUUCAUGGAUGAAAUUGAUUCCAUUGGAUCGUCUCGUAUUGAAUCUGGUAGCGGAGGGGAUUCUGAAGUGCAGAGAACUAUGUUGGAACUGUUGAAUCAGCUGGAUGGUUUUGAAGCAACUAAAAACAUUAAGGUUAUAAUGGCUACAAACAGAAUUGACAUCCUAGACCCUGCCUUACUGAGACCUGGCCGUAUUGACAGGAAAAUCGAGUUCCCACCGCCGAAUGAGGAAGCCAGGUUAGACAUUCUAAAGAUUCACUCUAGGAAGAUGAAUUUGACUAGAGGAAUCAAUCUCCGCAAGAUUGCCGAGUUGAUGCCUGGAGCGUCAGGUGCGGAAGUUAAGGGCGUGUGUACUGAGGCUGGAAUGUACGCUUUACGAGAGCGCAGGGUGCAUGUUACUCAGGAAGAUUUUGAGAUGGCUGUCGCAAAGGUCAUGCAAAAAGAUUCUGAGAAGAACAUGUCUAUCAAGAAACUGUGGAAGUAAUCUAUUAUAUACUGGUAUAAUCUUUGUCUUAUUUUAUAGAAGAAGUAAUAAAUUAAAUUGUAACCCAGAAA